AUGAGUGGAUCCUUUGAUAAGAAGAUUACCAGCAUUUUGACUGACAUUUCCAGCUCGCUCAGUUGCCAUGCAGCCACCAAGGACUCCCCUACGCUUCCCGAAUCGUCUAUCACAGAUCUGGGAUACUACAGCACCCCCCAUACUCAACAUGAAUAUUACCCCAGUCAACCUUAUACUCAACCUAUGAAUCACUAUGCAUACCACCCCCAAUUUAACUUCAAUGGGAUUGGGGGGGCUGGAACAUACUCCCCUAAAUCUGAUUACCCUUAUAGCACCUCGUAUAGGCAAUAUGGAUCUUUCCGGGAUCAGCAGUUGUCCAGCCAAGAAACAGUUUCAGUGAAGGAAGAACCUGAACCUGAAGUGCGGAUGGUCAAUGGAAAACCCAAAAAAAUCCGAAAGCCCCGCACAAUUUACUCCAGCUACCAGCUGGCUGCUUUGCAAAGGCGAUUCCAAAAGGCACAAUACCUGGCAUUGCCAGAGAGGGCAGAGUUGGCUGCACAGCUUGGACUGACCCAGACUCAGGUGAAAAUCUGGUUCCAGAAUCGAAGAUCCAAGUUUAAGAAAUUGUACAAAAAUGGAGAGGUCCCCUUGGAACACAGCCCAAAUAACAGUGACUCCAUGGCUUGCAAUUCUCCACCCUCUCCCACUCUCUGGGACAAUAACACUCAUAACAACCCAGCCAGCAGGAGCCAGAUCCCCCAGCCACUCUCUUAUAACUCUCCCCCAAGCUACCUGGAAGAUCACAAUUCUUGGUUCCAUCAUCAGAACCUGAGCGGGCCUCACAUACAACAACAGGGACCUCCGCCCACUUCUGGCUCUAUGCAUCACCCAUCUCCAGGGCCUCCUCCCAAUCCUGGAGCGGUUUAUUAA